AUGGAGGCGUUGAGGGAUAAUCAGGGGGAGGUAGAGAGUAGGAGGUUUCAGGAAUGCUCUGAUAAGCAUGCUACUUUACUGGUUCAGGAGGAAGGGUACUGGAAGCAGCGAGCCAAGAUGCAUUGGCUUCAAGAGGGUGACUUGAAUACUCGAUUUUUUCAUAUGUCCGCUUCAGCUCGUAGUAAGAAAAAAAAGAUUACCAAACUUAUGGAUGAAGCAGGUACUACAGUUCAUACUCAAGAGGAUUUGUGCGGGGUAGCUAAGAAUUAUUUUAAUGCUCUCUUCAGAUGUAUAAGUGGUAUUCAUGAACCUGUGCUUAAUCUUAUCCAGCGAAGGGUGACAGAGGAGGAUAACCAUUUACUUAUGGCACCUCUGACCAAAAUUGAAUUACAACAAGCUUUAUUUCAGAUGCACCCGGAUAAAUCACCAGGUCCUGAUGGUUUCAACCCAGCUUUCUACCAAAGGUUCUGGGAACAUUGCGGAGAUGAUAUUUUUGUAGCCGCAUCUUCCUGGUUAGAUAGGGGGUAUUUUCCUUCUAGCCUUAAUGAAACUAAUAUUUGUCUCAUCCCUAAAUGUGAUAAUCCUACCUCGAUGAAAGAUUUGAGACCUAUUUCUCUCUGUAAUGUCCUCUACAAGAUAGUCUCUAAAGUGCUUGCUAAUAGGUUGAAGCACUGUCUGGAUAAAUGUGUUUCCCAGGAGCAGUCAGCUUUUGUCGAAGGCAGGUCGAUCCUUGAUAAUGCCCUUAUUGCUAUUGAAGUUAUACAUGCUAUGAAGAGAAAGACUAGAGGAUAUAGAGGUGAGUUAGCAUUAAAAAUUGAUAUUAGUAAGGCUUAUGACAAGGUGGAUUGGGGUUUCCUUCGUGGUAUGUUAGUCAAAAUGGGGUUUGGAGAGAAGUGGGUACAGUGGAUGAUGAUGUGUGUGAGUUCUGUUAACUAUUCAGUGCUUAUGAAUUUUGACAAAGUUGGUCCUAUUACUCCGGGAAGAGGUUUACGGCAGGGAGAUCCAUUGUCCCCUUAUUUAUUUAUCCUUGUAGCGGAAGGACUGACUGCUCUAAUACACCAAGCUGUUAGUAAAGGAGACAUUCAUGGUGUGCGAAUUUGUCGAGGCGCCCCUGAAGUGUCUCAUCUAUUGUUUGCAGAUGACUGUUUCUUAUUCUGCAGAGCUAAUGUUGAUGAGGUGACCCAACUUUUAAGUAUUCUACAAACUUAUGAACAGGCCUCGGGUCAGGAAAUUAACCUGUCUAAGUCUGAAGUGUUCAUUAGUCGCAAUAUGUCACAGGCGGCUCAAGAAGAUUUAGCCGGUAUUCUUGGGGUGCGACAUGUGUUGGGCACAGGUAUUUAUCUCGGCCUACCGUCUAUGGUAGGUAGAAGUAAGAAGGCAAUUUUUUCCUAUAUUAAAGAUCGUAUCUGGAAGAGGAUAAACUCAUGGAGAGGUCGAGCCUUAUCGAAAGCUGGAAAAGAGAUUAUGAUAAAGUCAGUGCUUCAAGCCAUCCCAGCUUAUGUUAUGAGUAUGUUUAUCCUCCCUUCUUCAUUUAUUGAUGAUAUUGAAAAAAUGAUAAAUGCCUUUUGGUGGGGAGGUGGUAAUGGUAAUAGUAAAGGUAUUCAUUGGUUAGCAUGGGAGAGACUUGCUUGCCCCAAAGAUAAAGGGGGUUUGGGUUUCCGGAAUUUUGAAGCCUUUAAUAUGGCUAUGGUAGCGAAACAAGCAUGGAAAAUUUUACAAAAUCCAGAUACAUUGGUGGCUAGACUUAUUAAAGCAAGGUAUUUUCCACGAUCUACUUUGUUGGAGGCGUCUCUGGGCUAUAAUCCUAGUUUUGCAUGGCGUAGUAUCUGGAAAGCUAGACAGGUUCUUUUACUCGGGUGUAGGUGGAGGAUUGGUGGUGGCGACAAGAUACACGUUAUGUCGGAUCCUUGGUUACGUGGGAAUGGAGAACGCUGGAUUCCUUCGCCUCAACCUGAAGGAAUGUAUAACUUAUAUGUUAGGGACCUGAUGGUAGACAAUUAUCGAGCAUGGAAUGUGACUAAAAUUCGCAUGUUAUUCCCAGUCCAGGUGGCAGAGAGGAUUAUUACGACACCUCUCAUUGGGUCGGUCUAUGUGGAUAAAAUGGUUUGGGAGGAGGAACGAAAUGGGUGUUACUCUGUCAAAUCCGGGUACAAGCUUGCUAUGAAGUGUAUUCUCCGUAAUGAUAAAUUCCAUGUGAAAGGUAAUUGGAAAGAAAUAUGGAAAGCGCAUGCUCCACACAAAGCGCGUCAUCUUCUUUGGCGAUUAUGUAGGGGAUGUAUUCCAACGAGGCGUCGGUUAUUAGAACGUCAUGUUGAUUGUGAUGUUCAUUGCCCAUUAUGUGAAGAUGAGGUGGAAGAUGAUAUACACACAUUUUUCACCUGCACGUCUGCUCAAUCCAGUUGGCAAGCAGCUGGACUGUCAUCUGUCUUGGGUUCCGCAGCUUGUCAGCAAGGUAGUGCGGCAGAUAGAGUGUUUGCCUUGUGUCGGAACGAGGAUUACGCUACGAUAGGUAGAGUGGCUAUGCUGUUAUGGAGUAUAUGGCAUAACCGGAAUGAUAAAAUUUGGAACGAUAAUGUUAGAAGCCCGAACCAAAUAGGCCGGGCUGCGUUUGAUCAGUGGAACGAGUGGAUUGCCGUCCAUAAGUUGCGAGGUAACGAUGAUCAUGAUGUUCCGCUUGUUAGCACCAUUCGGUGGGAAAAGCCUCGUAGAGGAUGGUUGAAGUGCAAUGUAGAUGCAGCAUUCUUUGUCGAUGCAGGUAGGACCGCGAUGGGUGCUUGUUUUCGUAAUAAUUCUGGUGAGUUUAUGGCUGGAUUUACGCAGUGGCAGCAACUGACUUUAUCAACCGAGGAGGGUGAAGCAUGGGCACUAUUGCAAGCUAUGAAUGAAGCUAAGAGUAGAGUAAGUUUGUUUGGUUCAAAAAACUUCAACACUCAUAAAACGUGUUUGUUUAACCAUUUAAAGAAACUGGAACCCACAGAUUAA